UGAAUGUUGUGUCAAAAAAUGCCAUGGGUUUUGAAGACGAAAGAAGCGACUCAGAAGAAGAUCAUGAUAAAUCUAGAAGCGCUACUCCAGAUUCACAAAAAUCAGGCAGUAAUGUAGCAAGAAGUAGAUCAAAAUCAAAUUCUGUUAGUCCCAAAUCAUCAGCAGCUAGAUCGAAUCUAUCAUCUCCAGCACGGAAUGGAUCACCGGCUUCUGUUCGUUCCAAUGUCAGCUCUAGAAAAUCAUACUCUAGAUCACCAUCCAGAUCACCCUUGCCAAGCAGAUCUGUUUCGCCAUUAGAAAACAGGAAAAGCACAUCAAGAUCACAUUCUAAAUCCCAUUCUCCUGAACCUAGAGAAACAAGUGCAAGAAAUGGUUCACAAUCACCAGCACAUUCACAUCACUCUGGAAAAUCAGGCUCAAGAUCUCGAAGUUCUUCUCACUCUUCAUCUAGAAGUUCUCGUGCAGCAUCGAGGAAUAAUUUACGUUCUAGAUCAAAUUUAAUAUCUAAUGAUAUUUCAUCUAAAUGUGAUACGCCCAAGAAAAACUUUCGAUCAUCUUCUAGAUCUCCUUCGCCCCAGAUUUCCAAAUCGCGAUCUCGUUCAAGAUCUCGUUCAUUUUCUCGAUCACGUUCUCGAUCUGGUUCUCCGAAAGUGUCGAUUCAUUCACGUUCUCGAUCAGGUACGCCCAAGUCUUUCCACGCAAGAUCCCGUUCAAGAUCUAUAUCAGCUAGUCCAAAAGAAGUCAAAGCUGGCUCAAAAUCAAGAUCUCCUGGAUCGAAAAAAGGUUCUCGUUCACCUUCGGCAUCGUCAAAUCGAUCACCAAUCACUGCUAGACAAUCAAGAUCGAAGUCGCGCUCUGUGAACGGUUCUAGGGAAAGUUCUCCUGACUUAAGAAAAAAUUCUCGAUCUAGAUCUCGCUCCAAUUCAAUAAACAGAAAAUCUAGAUCAAGAUCUGCUUCUGGAUCUAGGAAACAAUCGAGAUCACCAUUGCAAGAAGGACGAGCUUUAUCGCGAUCGAAAUCCAGGUCCUUAUCGUGUUCGAGAAAAGACUCGCGUUCGAGAUCACGAUCAAGAUCUCAUAAAUCUGAAUCGAGAUGCAAAUCGCGAUCCGUGUCAGGAUCACGUAAAGGUUCCGUAUCUCCGGCAUAUUCGAGAAAAAAUUCACGUUCUAGAUCUAGAUCAAGUUCGCGCUCCAAUAAAUCUAAAUCAAGAUCUCGUUCAGUUUCAAGAGCCUCACGUUCGAGAUCUCGCUCAGGUUCCAGAAAAUCUGUAUCAAGAUCAAGAUCGCGAUCUCGAUCAAAAUCUGGCUCGAGAUCGCGUUCAGCUUCGCGUUCAAGAUCAAGAUCAGGAUCGAGAUCGAAGUCACGAUCACGGUCGCGCUCGAGGUCGAGAUCACGUUCUAAAUCGCAUUCAAGAUCAAGAUCUGGGUCGGCCGCUAGAUCCAGACAUUCGUCGCGUUCUAAAUCUCGAUCUAGAUCGAGAUCUAGGUCGGGCUCCGGAUCUAAAAAAUCCAGAAGUCCCAGCAGAGAUUCAGAGGGAGUAGCUAAAAAACGAAAUAGAGUAUUAUCGGAUUCUGAAGAAGAGUCUGCCGAAACUAAAACAAAGAAACGUAGGCAUGAUUUAUCUGAUUCCGAGCAUGAAGAUGAGAACGAAAAGAAAAAAGACAAUGAUGCAAAUGAGGAGGAAGUGGACAAAGAUCAAGAAAAUAAGCAAUUACAUGAUGAAAUUGUUAAUGAGCAACAGGAUAACGAAGAUUCUGACGAUGGAAUUAUUGGAGGAAUGGAUGAUGCAUUGUCCGAUUUUGAUCGCAUGUUGGCACGAAAAAAGGAAGAGCAAUCCCGUAGGCGUAAACGAAAAGACAUUGGUAUCAUUAAUGAUAAUGAUGAUAUUAUAGCACAAUUAUUAUCAGACAUGAAGGGUGCAGCUGAGGAGGAUAGAAAGUUGAAUCAACAAAAUAAACCUGCCACAAAUAAGAUUGCCAUGUUAUCGAAAGUAUUAUCACAGUUGAAAAAGCACGAUUUACAGUUGGCAUUUUUGGAACAUAACGUCCUAUCAGUCCUCACCGAUUGGUUAGCACCAAUGCCUGACCGUUCAUUACCAUCUCUCAAAAUUAGAGACAAUCUCUUGAAAUUAUUAUGGGAGUUUCCAAAAAUCGAUCAAUCUUCAUUGAAGCAAUCCGGUAUCGGAAAGGCUGUGAUGUAUCUUUACAAGCACCCGAAAGAAACAAAAGAGAACAAGGAACGUGCUGGAAAAUUGAUCAAUGAGUGGGCACGGCCUAUUUUUAAUUUAUCUGCCGAUUUUAAGGCUCUGUCGAAGGAGGAGAGAAUGCAAAGGGAUCUGGAACAAACGCCUCAGAAAAGAAGAAAAACCGAAGAUGGAGGAUCCUUUCAAAAGUCACAAGAUAUUAAUAAGGCUUUAAAAGGAGAUGCCAAACCAUUGAGACCAGGAGAUCCUGGAUGGGUAGGAAGAGCCAGAGUUCCUAGACCAUCUAAUAAGGAUUACGUUAUACGACCCGACUGGAAAUCAGAUAUCGACAUCAGCAGAAGUACUAAAAAACAGAUGAGUCGAUUUGAGAGGCACAUGAAGAAUUACAUAGAUAGCAAGCGUAUGAAGUCUGCAAGAAGAGCAGUAGAUAUAUCUAUAGAAGGUCGCAAGAUGUCUUUAUAAUAUCUAUAUAUAUAUAUAUAUAUAUCUUAUAGUUUAUAUAAGGAAAUAAAACUUGUAACAAUAUUUGUUAUUAUUUAAAUUGUGAUUAUGCAUGAAAAUGUUGUAUAACCUAAUCGAUUUACUUCUUGCAUGUCUUUCCAACUAUUAUACUAUUACCUGUUUAUUUGUAGAUGUAGGAAGAAUAUAGUUUAUCUAAAUUUCACUUUGUAAAAAAUCAAUCACAGUCAUUGCAACAAUUUUAUCUCAAAAGAUGAAAAAAAGAUAUAAUUUUGAUUUUUACCAGAAUGUUUCAGUUAAUUUUUACAAAAUGAGGAGAUAUAUUAUACUUCCGGAUUGUAAACUAAUAAUAUUAUGUAAUGUAAUGUAUUGUUUGUAGGUUCUUUAUAUGUCUAUACAAUCAAAUAAAAAUGUAAUGUUUAAAUU